GAUUAAAUUCUGAUUAGCCAUGAUCCACUCAUCCUCUGGAGCUAUAAAAGCCUCCGACACCCUGACAGAAGGCACCGUUAGGUCCAAGAACCCCAGGAGUUAAGGUUGGUCUUGCUCAUCUGCAGCCAUGAAAUUCUCCCUUGUCGCCGCUCUUGUUGUCGUGCUGGCUGUUUCCCAUGGCACUGAGGCCGUGUCACUGGUGAAACGUGACGUCCAGUCUGAGGUGGACAGAAUCGCCAAGAUUCUCAACGACAUGUCCGCCGCAACUCAGGAGAUGGUGGAGAAGGUGAAGGCUCUUGAGGUGACCAACACUGCCCAGACUUACUUGGAGGACAGCAAGGCCAAGAUCCUGCCUCUGGUUGAGAAGGUCCAGGCCGAGGCCACCAAGCUGCAGGAACAGGUCAAGCCCUUCAUUGCCAACAUUGAGGGUCAGAUCAGGCCUCUUACCGACAACUUCAACGCUCAGGUCAAGCCUCUGACUGACAAAAUCCACGCCCAGGUCAAGCCUCUGGCCGACAACUUCCAGGCACAGGUCCAGCCUCUGGCUGAAAACUUCCAGGCACAGGUCCAGCCUCUGGCUGAAAACCUCCAGGCCCAGGUCAAGCCUCUGACUGACAUGAUGGAGAAGUUCUUCCAGCAGGUGAUGGACCAGACCAAGGCCCUGCUGCCCCCCCAGUAAAGCUGCUUACUGCUGGUUCCUUCCAGCUGCAGUAACAUCCAAGCCCGGCUAGUGUUCAUGUUUAAAUCUGCCCAGAAUGCUUCACUGGUGUUUGCCAUCUGAGAUGUGAUGCAUGUGAACUGUCAUCAUUAAAGGGGUUGAAAGUCA